AUGAUUGAAGAACUAAUGAAGGGAAACAAGGAAAACAUUUCGAUUGUUGAUUCCACGAUAUCAAACUCGAAGAUAAUUGUUGGAAACGAUAGUGGGUCCAUAAACAUUACCCAAAUAAAGGGAAAGAGGAAGCAAGGUCAAAAUCAAGAGAAUGAUAGUGAUAUCGUUACGGUAAAAAGAAAGAAGGACUCCUUUGCAUUACUAAAACCAAUCACACCCAGCAUCUCCUAUCGCUUUAAUACACCUAGUUUCAACGAACAAAUGAAAGCAAAAGUGAACUCGAUUGCAUACAUAAAGUUGGAUGAUAAAGAUAUCUGUGAAAACGAAUCUAUUACCAACGAAUAUGCCAGUUUGACAAUGCUUAGCACUUCCGUUGUAAGCCAAGAAAAGUGGGGUUAUACACUUGUUAGAGAGGCCAUUGUUCCCAGAACAUGGAAUGUGCGUGUUAGAUGGCUUAAGGUGAUGGAUCUCAUCUUUUAUACCAAGGUAGAGUUUGUGUUGAUAGCGAUUCUUGAAGAGCAGAAAGAAGUUGCAGCAAUUCUUGAAAGUGAACAUAAUGGUUGGACACAAGUGGCACAGGGUACAAAACAAGUUCUGGAUAUAAGCAUAAGUAACAUUAUAGUAGAUGAAUUACAUAAUAAAGGAUAA